AUGGCAACAAUAGAGCCUGGAGAUCACAAGGCCUUCAUGCAGCGUGCGCUUGGCCAGGCUAAUAACUCUCCUCCAAAACCCACAAACUUCCGUGUGGGCGCUCUCAUUGUGCGACUCGACGACAACACCAUCAUCGCUGAGGGAUACACACUAGAACUUCCCGGAAACACCCACGCUGAAGAGUGCUGUCUGUUAAAGCUAGCUGAGCAGCACGGUACGACGGAGGAGAAGCUCUCCGAAGUAUUCAACACCCCACAUGCACUCUACACCACGGUCGAGCCUUGCUUCAAGCGCCUGAGCGGCAAGCUCCCCUGCGUCGAGAGGGUCCUGCGCCAGAAGCAAUGGAUCACCAAGGUGUAUGUGGGGGUUCAAGAGCCCGAGACUUUUGUUGGAGAGAACACGGGCCGCAAGACGCUUCAGGAUGCUGGAAUAGAGGUGCACCUCGUUUCAGGGCUGGAGGACGAGAUCCUGCAGGUCGCAACGGCUGGGCAUGUCAAGUCAUAA